AUGACGGACCACGCACCCACCGCCUCCUCCUCGUCGCACACAGGCAACGGCCAGCAGCAAUCGAAUCGCGAGUCGCUCUACUCGCAACUGCGCUGGUCAUCGCACCACACCCCCAUCACACGUCGGCGCAAGCUCGAACUUCUCCGCUCCUACCUCCCCGACUGGAUCAUUACGAUCCUUCUUGCGGGUCUGCUGGCGAUUAUCAACAACGUCCACGGCUUCCGACGGGAGUUCUCGCUCACGGAUACAUCCAUUCAGCACACGUAUGCGGUGCACGAGCGGGUGCCGACGUGGUUGCUUGGCGUGCUGGCGGUGUUGAUCCCUGCGAUCAUCAUCGUUGGGUUUUCACUUGGAGUCUCGAAUUCGGUGUGGGACCUGCACAACGGUCUGCUCGGCUUCGUGCUCGCCCAAGCACUCACUGUGACCGUCACGACAAUCAUUAAGUGCACAGUCGGCCGACCUCGACCGGAUCUGAUCGACAGGUGUCAACCGGCUCCCGGCUCCGUCAACGCCUCGCCGUACGGCCUCGUCACCGACAUCAUCUGCACCGUCGGCGUCGACAACAAGAUCCUCCGCGACGGCUUCCGCUCGUUCCCCUCGGGUCACGCCUCGACCUCCUUCGCAGGCUUCACCUAUCUCUCGCUCUACCUCGCCGGCAAGCUGCACCUGUUCGACCGUCGAGGGCACGCGGUAACGGCCUGGCUAUGCGGCACCCCGCUCAUGGCUGCCACCCUCAUCGCCGUCAGCCGCACCAUGGACUACAGACACCACGCAACCGACGUCAUUGCUGGCGGCCUUUUGGGGCUGGUAGUAGCAUACUGGAGCUACAAGCUCUACUAUCCCCCGCUGGGCCAUGCGCAGAGUCACAAGCCGUACUCGCCCCGCAUCCCCAAUGAACGGAUGAUGGGCGCGGGCGAAGAGGGUUACGCACCAACGCAGGGCGAAGAGCGGGAGGGAUUGAGACCGUUCCGUGUGCAGAGCGGCCGCGAAGACGAGGGCAACCCGUACAAGCCCCACGGUCACAACGGGCUCGACACCUCGAUCGAAUAUCCAGACCGAGAGACCGUUCCUCGUGUAUAA